UGGGUGUCUCCUAUAAUCCCCCUAGGGUGCUAACUUAACAGGACAUGACUAUGAUGGUCGCACAGCUCUUCAUCUUGCAGCCAGUGAAGGUCAUACAGAGGUCGUUCGGUUCCUCCUAGAGAAUGGCUGUUCUAUCUACGCCAGAGAUAGGUUUGGUAAUACACCUUUCAUGGACAGCAUUAGAAAUAGAAAACUUGACACCAUAGAGAUAAUCAAACAGUGUGGUGGUCAUCUGAUCAAUGAGAGUCCCUUUGAACUGGCUGUCCUUCUAUGCAGCGCUGCAGCAACAAAUGAUGUAACAGGAUUACAAGCAUACCAUAUGGCAGGAGUGGAUAUGAUGUGCACAGACUAUAGUGGCAAUACAGCACUUCAUGUGGCUGCAAUCAACAACCAACUUGAAGCAAUACAGUACUUACUAGAAUCUCAUGUGAUCCCAGCCAACAAACCCAACGGAGAAGGCUUCACUGCAGCUGAGUUAGCUGCCCAACACGGUCAUCAGAAGACUGCUUCACUUAUUAAAGAACUCACAGAUAAAUUAAAGGAGACGAUACCUGGCGGUAGUUUCAAGCUCAAUGGGGGACCUAAUCGAUCAACGUAGUCUUACUUUUAAAAGGAGAUCAUAGAUAGCUGAAUUCAAUAUAAACUGGACAGUAUUUCAAGGGGGUAGAGGUGGGGGUUCAAAGUGAUCUUCAUGAUCUUGGCCUGUAAAGAUUAGGAUGGUUUCAUUUUCAAUUAAUGUUCAUUUUCAAGUGGUUUAAUCCCAGCUUUGAUAGUUAUUUGAGACAGGUUGUUCAUGUUCGAUAUGUGCUUGUAUACGU